UGCCAUGAAUAGUGGAGGUGGGUGGUAGCCUGUGUCUUUAUUAUUACUGGUAUUAUUAUUAUUAUUGUGAUGAUGAUGGUGGUAUAUAUAUUUGUGUGUAAUAUAUAUUAUUUUAAUGUAGAAGAAGUAGUGUUAGUAUUUUAGUAGGGGAGAGUUUUGAGUUUUGAGUUUGAGUUUAAGGCAAGAAUCGUAAGAGUUAGAAUCUUAUAGGGGGAAUAGUUAUAGAAAAAGGGGAGUUUGAGGGGAGGGGGACAUGCCCAAUUUCAUCCCAACAGUUGUGUUCAUUGUUCCUCCAAGUAUUGGCAGCAGAUCCUAAAGCUAAGUCAAUCCAAAAGUGCUCCUCAUCAUUUCUAAACGCUCAUCGGUUAUGCUUCUGGAUUCAGCUUCUUCACUAAGUAAUGGCUAAUUUACACGAGCAGCAUUUUCCGCAGACAGUAUCCAAAAAUCUCAGUUUUGAAGUGGAUUAUUCUGCGCAACGUGACCUGGAGGUGAAGCAUAUAAGUUUUCAACUACAAGACCAGCACUCUUCCUCAACUGAAUCAACCGGCCUAUCUCAUCAGGAACAGACUGCUAUGGGAAAGACUAGUUCUCAAGAUCAAUGCGCUUCAUCAGACUCUGUGCAUGAUGAUAGCUAUGGGAAGCAUGGGCAAGAUAUGAAGGCUGCUAUGUUUCUGUGCAAUCCGGAGCUGUCCAUCAACGCUUCACAGCCUGAAAUAAGCCAACCAAUUGUGCACUUUCCAUAUGCAUACUCUGACCCCUACCUCAGUGGAUUAUUUACUCCCUACGGACCUCAUAAUAUGAUUCAGCCGCAGGUGAUGGCCAGCGCCUCUGGUCGGGUUCCGCUACCUGCCGAUCUUCCUGAGGAUGGCCCGAUAUAUGUCAAUGCCAAGCAGUAUCAUGGAAUACUUAGGAGGAGGCAGACGCGUGCGAAGCUGGAGGCUCAAAACAAACUUGUCAAAACUAGGAAACCCUAUCUGCACGAGUCUCGUCAUCAACACGCACUAAACAGAGUUAGAGGAUCCGGUGGACGCUUUCUCAGCACGAAGAAAUCCCAGCAACCAGAGUCGCUUCCCCCAUCUCAAACUACUCCAGACUCUUUUCAUUUCGGGAACAUGUUGAACUCCAGUGAGCAUCGGUUCGAGGCGAACAAGCACGACACUGCCCCUACUACAUCGAGGGUUCCGGAUUCUGACUCCAUCUUGCAGCAGCCAGACGGCAGGUUUCCAAGCCUCCCGUCCCACAUGGCGGUUCCCAUGCAAGGCAGUGGCAGCCUCGUCUACAAUGGGAACCGGCAUUAUGCUUCCAUCGUCCGGUGAGAAGUCGGAAAAACGACUUCCCAACUGGCUGGGCAAUUCAUCCUUGGCUUUGUUACUCCAGUUCUUGCAGGUUUUAUCCUAUCAAAAGUAUCACAAACGCCACUUUGUGGUGAAGAUUGUGUGUAUGAUAGUUGAAUGCUACUUACGUACACUGAACCUGACUGCAGGUAGGACUUAGUUUAUGUGUUGUUAUCUGGAAUUUAUGACUCUGGUUUUCUGUGUGUCAGUUCACCACUAACUGCGGAUUUUUACUAUAGGUAAAUUACAUUGGCACC